UGGGCGCCGCUCGCGCAUGCGCUUUGGGUACCGCUUGGCCGCCGCGCCAUUUUGCCAGGGUUUGAAUGUGAGGCGGAGCAGCGGCGGGAGUGGGUAUUGCCGGCUACAGUGCGCGGCUGGGAUUCCCUCCUGUGUCACCGUAUCCCUACGAGAUUCUAUAGCAAUGGAGCUCAGUGAUGCAAAUCUGCAAACACUAACAGAAUAUUUAAAAAAGACCCUUGAUCCUGAUCCUGCCAUCAGACGUCCAGCUGAGAAAUUUCUUGAAUCUGUAGAAGGAAAUCAGAAUUAUCCACUGUUGCUUUUAACAUUAUUGGAGAAGUCCCAAGAUAAUGUCAUCAAAGUUUGUGCUUCAGUAACAUUCAAAAACUAUAUUAAAAGGAACUGGAGAAUUGUUGAAGAUGAGCUGAACAAAAUUUGUGAAGCUGAUCGAGUAGCCAUUAAAGCCAACAUCGUGCACCUGAUGCUGAGCAGCCCAGAGCAAAUUCAGAAGCAGUUGAGUGAUGCUAUUAGUAUUAUUGGCAGAGAAGAUUUCCCUCAGAAAUGGCCCGACUUGUUGACAGAAAUGGUGAAUCGAUUUCAGAGUGGAGAUUUCCAUGUUAUUAAUGGAGUCCUUCGUACUGCACAUUCAUUAUUUAAAAGAUAUCGUCAUGAAUUUAAGUCAAAUGAGUUAUGGACUGAAAUUAAGCUUGUUCUGGAUGCCUUUGCCUUGCCUUUGACUAAUCUCUUUAAGGCCACCAUUGAACUGUGCAGUACCCAUGCAAAUGAUGCCUCUGCCUUGAGGAUUCUUUUUUCUUCCUUGAUUCUAAUCUCAAAAUUGUUCUACAGUUUAAACUUUCAGGAUCUUCCUGAAUUUUUUGAAGAUAAUAUGGAAACUUGGAUGAACAAUUUUCAUACCCUGUUGACACUGGAUAAUAAGCUUCUACAAACUGAUGAUGAAGAGGAAGCAGGCUUAUUGGAGCUUUUAAAAUCACAGAUCUGUGAUAAUGCUGCUCUCUAUGCACAAAAGUAUGAUGAAGAAUUUCAGCGGUACCUGCCUCGUUUUGUCACAGCCAUCUGGAAUUUACUAGUUACAACAGGUCAAGAGGUUAAAUAUGAUUUGUUGGUGAGUAACGCAAUUCAAUUUCUGGCUUCAGUUUGUGAAAGACCUCAUUAUAAGAAUCUGUUUGAGGACCAGAACACACUGACAAGUAUCUGUGAAAAGGUUAUUGUGCCUAACAUGGAAUUUAGAGCUGCUGAUGAAGAAGCAUUUGAAGAUAAUUCUGAAGAGUAUAUAAGAAGAGAUUUGGAAGGCUCUGAUAUUGAUACUAGACGAAGGGCUGCAUGUGAUCUGGUUCGAGGAUUAUGCAAGUUUUUUGAGGGACCUGUGACAGGAAUCUUCUCUGGUUAUGUUAAUUCCAUGCUCCAGGAAUAUGCAAAAAAUCCAUCUGUCAACUGGAAACACAAAGAUGCUGCCAUUUACCUGGUGACAUCUUUGGCAUCAAAAGCCCAAACACAGAAGCAUGGAAUUACUCAAGCUAAUGAACUAGUAAACCUGACUGAGUUCUUUGUGAAUCAUAUCCUUCCUGAUUUAAAAUCAGCUAAUGUGAAUGAAUUUCCUGUUCUUAAAGCUGAUGGUAUCAAAUAUAUUAUGAUUUUUAGGAAUCAAGUACCAAAAGAGCAUCUAUUAGUCUCUGUUCCUCUCUUAAUCAAUCAUCUUCAAGCUGAGAGCAUUGUCGUUCACACCUACGCAGCCCAUGCCCUCGAAAGGCUGUUCACUAUGCGUGGACCUAACAACGCCACUCUUUUUACAGCUGCAGAAAUCGCACCGUUUGUUGAGAUUCUGCUAACAAACCUUUUCAAAGCUCUCACACUUCCUGGCUCUUCAGAAAAUGAAUAUAUUAUGAAAGCUAUCAUGAGAAGUUUCUCCCUCCUGCAAGAAGCCAUUAUCCCCUAUAUCCCUACUCUCAUCACUCAGCUUACCCAGAAGCUAUUAGCUGUUAGUAAGAACCCGAGCAAGCCUCACUUCAAUCACUACAUGUUCGAGGCCAUCUGCUUGGCCAUAAGGAUAACCUGCAAAGCCAACCCUGCUGCGGUGGUGAACUUUGAGGAGGCUUUAUUUCUGGUGUUUACCGAAAUUUUACAAAAUGAUGUACAAGAGUUUAUUCCGUAUGUCUUUCAAGUGAUGUCUUUGCUUCUGGAAACGCACAAAAAUGACAUCCCGUCUUCCUACAUGGCCUUAUUUCCUCACCUACUACAGCCAGUGCUUUGGGAAAGAACAGGGAACAUUCCUGCCCUGGUGCGGCUGCUCCAGGCCUUCCUAGAGCGCGGCUCCAACACCAUAGCCAGCGCCGCGGCCGACAGGAUUCCCGGGUUACUGGGCGUCUUCCAGAAGUUGAUUGCAUCAAAAGCAAAUGACCACCAAGGUUUCUAUCUUCUAAACAGUAUAAUAGAACACAUGCCUCCUGAAUCCGUUGACCAGUACCGGAAACAAAUUUUCCUUCUACUGUUCCAAAGACUUCAGAAUUCCAAAACAACAAAGUUUAUCAAGAGUUUCUUAGUUUUUAUUAAUUUGUAUUGCAUAAAAUAUGGAGCACUAGCAUUACAAGAAAUAUUUGAUGGUAUACAACCAAAAAUGUUUGGAAUGGUUUUGGAAAAAAUCAUAAUUCCUGAAAUUCAGAAAGUAUCUGGAAAUGUAGAGAAAAAGAUCUGUGCUGUUGGCAUAACCAAAUUACUAACAGAAUGUCCCCCAAUGAUGGAUACCGAAUAUACCAAGCUGUGGACUCCUUUAUUACAGUCUCUGAUUGGCCUUUUUGAGUUACCCGAGGAUGACACCAUUCCAGAUGAAGAGCAUUUCAUUGACAUCGAAGACACCCCAGGUUACCAGACUGCCUUCUCACAGUUGGCAUUUGCUGGGAAAAAGGAGCAUGACCCUGUAGGUCAGAUGGUGAACAACCCCAAAAUUCACUUGGCACAGUCACUUCACAAGCUGUCUACCGCCUGUCCGGGAAGGGUUCCAUCCAUGGUGAGCACCAGCCUCAAUGCGGAAGCGCUCCAGUACCUCCAAGGCUACCUCCAGGCAGCCAGUGUGACACUGAUGUGAGCUGCGUUUUCCUAACUGGCUAAGCCCAGCACAGUUUCUUAGGAAAUCACAGACUUCUGAGCAUGGUUGCAUUUAAACAAAAAUGCAAGUUUUCCUUUGAACGUGUCAUAGAUUCCAUCUUGUAAAGGAUAUUAAAUGUUGCUUUAAGCUGAACCUUGAGCAAAUUAGGUGGUUUGUGUGAUCCUAAAUAUAAGUGGGUGGCUUUUCUAGUUUUCAGCUUCGAGGGAUGAGUAUUAACAGUUCACUGCCUGACAUUGAUUUGAACGUCUGCAUGAGUUGGAUAAUUUUAAGUUUUUGCAGACACCAACUAUGGAGGCUUCUUCUGUUACUAAAUCCUUUAUUUUGAAGCUGUUGCCAUUCGUAUUUCUCUCACCCUUUGUAGUUUUUUUUUUGUCUGUUUUUCUUUAAGCUUUUAUUGGAAAUGUAAGAAUCACUUGUGUAACUUGCCAGGCAGCACACAUUUAAUAGUUACAAGUCUGUAAUCAGCAAUAAAGUAAACCCUAAGGCGUGCAUCUAAGAACAUCAUAAGGGUAGGUUCUCGGUGCUCUCUGAUAUUUUAUAAUGAAGAACUUCUUCAGAUUCGCCCCCUCCCCUCUGGACUCCAUAAAAUCCUGAUUUCUAAACCA